AUGAUGCCCACGCCCUUACUUACGCCUCCCUACGGGGAGCUAAUGGCAACUUUCUCCCAAAAAUCAGUAAUGGGCACAGUAUUCGAGACAACUGAACGCUAUACGGAAUGGAAGCCUCUUGGCCUUGGAGUAUCUGGGCUUGUCUGCUCCGCAAGAGAUCAACUUACUCAUCGGACUGUCGCCGUAAAGAAACUCGUGGAACCUUUCAAGACACCGGCAAUUGCACGACACAUGUUCCGAGAAAUGAAAUUACUGAGACAGUUGCGACAUGAAAAUAUCAUCAACCUGACCGACAUCUUCAUUUCUCCCUCGGAAGACAUAUACCUCGUGACCGAGCUCAUGGCAACCGAUCUUAACACAAUCCUGAAGGCAAAAAGAGUCGAAGACCAAUUCGCCCAAUACUUCAUGUAUCAAAUAAUGCGUGGUUUAAAAUAUCUCCACUCAGCCGGCGUCAUCCAUCGUGAUCUAAAACCAAGCAACAUCCUCGUCAACGAGAACUGCGACUUGAAAAUAUGUGACUUUGGCCUGGCCCGGGUCCAGGAAUCCCACAUGACCGGCUAUGUCUCGACGAGGUACUACCGUGCGCCGGAGAUCAUGCUCACAUGGCGGAAAUAUAAUGAGAAAGUCGAUAUAUGGAGUGCUGGGUGUAUCUUCGCUGAAUUACUCCUGGGCGAGCCCUUGUUCCCCGGAAAGAACCAUAUCAACCAAUUUUGCGUUAUCGCCGAUCUACUUGGUAACCCUCCUGAAGAAGUCAUCAAGAAUAUCACAAGUGAAAACACAUUGAACUUCAUCAAUUCACUCCCUAAGCGCAACCGCACGCCAAUAUCACAGCUUAUCCCCAAGGCCAACGCAGAGGCGGCGGCAUUGAUCGACAGAAUGCUUCAAUUCGACCCCCAAGUACGAAUCUCCGCAACAGAAGCCCUCGCAUCCCCAUAUCUCGCACCAUACCACGAUCCCAACGACGAACCUGUCGCAACAGAAACCUUCGACUGGGCUUUCCUCGAAGCAGAUCUCCCAGCCGAUAUCUGGAAGACCAUCAUGUACGGCGAGGUUCUGUCAUUCCACGCAGAAACGAACAAAGCUGGCCAGAGCGGGCCGAUGAAAUCAAUACGCCAGGUUGAUGGAAUGGAUGUCGGUUGA